AUGUUUUAUCAAGAUGUGUUUAUAGUUCUUGUUAAAAAACGUCUUGGCUUUAAUAAACAUUCGAUAGGCACAAAACAAGUUUCUAUUCAUGCUUUUCCAGAAAAUAUUUUUGUUUUUCUUUUUGAAAGUGAACCUUCUUUCUGUUAUAGUCCUGUGCAACGAAAGUAUUCUUGUUUUUUUCAGGGUGAGGCUGGUGAACAAAGAUUAAAACAGCUAAUUAAUUAUGACAAUUGGAACAUUCGACAAGAUCCAAAAUUAAAGACUAUCGGCUAUGUUCUAUUUGUAGAUAAUGAGAGUUCAUAUGAAGUUAACUUUAGCUGGUCGCAAUCAGAAGUUAAGGAGAAUAAUCAUAUUUUUCAAUGCAGUACUGUCACUUGUAAAUUCGUAGCAGAUUCAGGAGAAUUUUCUCAACAGCCCGCCGUAUCCCAAAUGAAUCACAUUACCCCAGAAGCAAUGAAUCUACCACAGAUGCAUGAGGUUGUUCCAAAUAAAGAUUUUUCAAGUAAUGGAUCAACUCAAAAAAAUUAUAGAUUCAUAUUAUCUCAG